AAUGACGACGUUUCUGCGGCGAAACGCAUGCGUUUGGGUCCCGGAGCUACUGGGGUGACUGGUAUUGGUGUUGGCUCGGGUCCCGUUGGGGACGGAUCUCGUCCGGGAGCUCCAGAAUUAUCCGCCUCGGGGGCAGCCAAAGUAAUACGGUCUGAUGCACACGCCCAACAUCUGUCUCAGAAUGUGAACAACUAUGGGAAUCCUGUAAGUGUAUUGUGUUUAUUGACCCCAUGA